AGUCACUGGCCAAGCAGCACGGUCAACGCUGCAUUCUGCAUGAGAGGGUCAGAGGUGAGGUUUCCUCUGCUCGCUCUGCUGCGUCGGGUAAACUCUCCCAUCCUUCCUCCGUCUGUUCGGUGCUCGUGUCGCUUUCUCCGCGCCAUGGGCCUGAGUUCAACACUGAGAUGCCUUCUGUUUUUCCUCGGGACAUGUGGGAUUUGUUCUGGAUUCCUCCAAGAGAACUGUACCGACUACCAACUCCAGUUUGAGAGGGUUUUCUCUGUACCCGGGGAUGUAGCCAUGCUGCAUAGUACCCUGGUGUCACCGGAUGUCUUCAAUUUCACGAGUACGCCUUACAACAUCACCUGGUACGACUCAAAGACAGGCCAAGAAAUAAACAACCAGGCCGGUCGAAUCCUGGUGCAAGGAGAGACUCUGUGGUUUCUGAGAGUAGAGCUGGAGGACCAUGGUGAAUAUGUGACCAUCCUGAGGACUCCAUCUCAGUGCUACAUGCAGGCCACCAAGCUGGUAGUGGAUGCACCGGUUGUGGGAGACUGUGGGAGGCCAAGGAAAGGCUACCAAACACUUACAAAGGGAGCCACUGACGUGCUGUCCUGUCCUCUGUCGGACCAUAUCAACAAACUGGAAAGCUACAGUAUCAGCUCUUCCGUCCAGUGGUACAGAGGUUGUGAACUCAUAGAGGAUGGGAAAGGAAAGUAUACCUACUGGGAUAUGAUCAAACUAAAGAUUGAUAAUGUGGACUUUCAAAACAACGGCUCCUACACCUGCACCUUGACCUUCACUCUUGGUGGGGUUACAGGAUCCAUGUCAGAGACCAUUGAUGCCUGGGUCAGAGAGGUGUACUCUUUGGUUCCACAAGUGCAUGAACCCGGCAAUCAAUCAAUCAAGGCACAGAUAGGCUCCAAUUACAGCCAGCGGUGCCUGGUGUUUGUGCCUUGUGUUGGGAAACCCAUGGUUGAUAUCAUGUGGUUGGUGAGAAAUGAUUUCGUCAUGACGUCCAACCCCGCUGAUCGCAUCUACGUAUCAGAAUACCGUGAGUGGAGCCAGGAUGUUUCUCCUAAGGGUGUGUGGUUCGAGCGGCUGCUGAUGUUCUCUGAGCUGAGAGAGGAGGAUUUACACGUCAACUACACGUGUCGAGUGUACAGUUACAGAGGCCUUCCUGAGGGAUACUUCACUCUGCUACCAGAAGACCCCAACAUCAUACUACCCAUUGGACUGUUGCUCGGGAGCAUGACGGUUCUCUUCAUCAACAGUGUCAUCAUCUACUACCUUUUCAAGGUUGACAUUGUGCUGUGGUUCAGGGGAGCUUUUCCAGUCCUCUAUCCAAACAAAGAUCUGGAUGGAAAGCAGUUUGAUGCCUAUGUAGCGUAUCCUCAGCCCUGUGCCGACGGAUUCAGCGAGAAAGUGGAGGAGUUUGCUCUUCACACACUGCCUCAAGUGCUGGAAAAAGCCUGUGGCUACAAACUUUUCAUAGCAGGACGUGACUGUCUGCCCGGGGAGGCCAUAGUGGACUCAGUGGAGGAGAACUUACGAGCUAGUCGCAGAGUCCUUCUGCUCUACACCGCCUCCACCUUCAUCAGCAAAAGGCACACCAGCAGCACAAGUAGCAACAAUAACAACAUCUCUAAGAGCAGUGAAAACAACCAAGGCAAAACCACAGACGACAGCAGCAUGAAUUAUGAAAGUGAUAAAGACGUCUAUUCAUACACACGGCAGCCGUUCGAGUGUGUGGCAGCUAUGCACAGAGCUCUCUUGGAGGGAUCUCUGAAGGUGGUUCUGGUGGAGUUGGAGGAGAUCAGCCCAGCUCAGCUCGCUCUCUUCCCAGAGUCGGUGCGCCAGCUGAGAAAGAGACAGGGUGCCGUGUGUUGGUGGAAGAACCUGAGGAAGAGGCAAAGGUCGGGGACGUGUAUCAGGAGGAGAGAGGACGAGGAGAAAGGUGGACAGGACACACAGCUGUCUCCAUCCAUCUCCCCCUCCUCUAGGUUUUGGAAGGAGAUGAGGUAUCAUUUGCCUGUGCGAGGAAAAAGGGUGGUGUUUCCUGAGAAAACGGCCCUGCUGAACUUAUGAGGGAUUAAGAGCUGUUUUCAGAACAAAUCUGAAAGGGAGAAAAUCCCUUCUGAUGCUGUGACUUAACAGCCCAGGUGCUCCAACUGCACACGUUCAACAAAUGUCACCUCAUCAGGUCCUGAGAUGUCUCAAGAAAGACAGCUCUAAAUGAUGUGGAGAUCAUCACUGUCUUUGGGCUAUUACUGAGGUUUUAAAGGUGACAUAUUAAGCUCUUUUUCAUCGAAAUAUAUUGGUCUAAGAGGUCCCCAAAACAUGUCUUUAAAGUUAAUGCUCAAAAAACACUUUGAAAUCAGAUUUUGGUCUGCCUGUAAACCCCUCUUUUUCAGCCCUGCUCAGAACAGGCUGUUUUCUGUGUCUGUGCCUUUAAAUGUGAAUGAGCUCUCUGACCACGCCCCCUCUGGAAGUGGGUGUGGCCUCGGCUCUCCAGCACGUUGAUCUAAUGUUUACAUGUUGGCUGAAUAUACACGGCUGCUCACAGACCUGCGUUACUUCAACCCUCUGAGUCUGAUCCAGAAUCUGAUCCUGAUGGAGAGGCGCCUGCAGCAGGACCUUUCUGAAGGAUUGGUCACAGAUGCUAUGCUAUCUAGCGCUAGCACUUUUCCAUGAAAAAUAAAAAGCAUCCACUAGAUCUUCAAAUCUGCAGACGUGGGGAGUAAAACCGACCUUUGUGUUUAUUAAGACAGCCUACAACUAGCAUGCCAAGUCGAUUUUGCAUGAUAUGUAACCUUUAAGAACUAUUGAUAUUCUCUCACCGGUUGAGAUCGAUGUGGACAAAGAAAGUCUGCUCUGUUUAUACUGUAUAAUAGCUUUUAGCUUACAUGUACAUAUGUAUAAUAAAGACUGUAAAUAUGUAAAUAAAGGUGCCUACAAUAUUGUAAAAAGUCGUGAAACAAACUGGGAGCUUCAUAAUAAAUGUGUUGUGAACAAGAAACUUAAA